GAGAGAGAACAAGUGAGUCAGGCGGCACUCACUCUCACCGCGCCAGCCUGGUGGGCAUUUCGGUGUUCUUUUCACUGUUCAUCACUACCAGGAGGAUAUUGACAAACCCCGAGCAUUCCUACUGCUAUCCUGAACCUCUAAAAAUAGAAAGGGACAUUGUUAUAACCUACAUAUCGCCGAGCCAAGACAACGAAGCAGAAAGAAACGUUCGUCUCUUAAAGACAGAUUCCUCCUCGACUGAGUUUCCAUAAGAAAAAAAAAGUUCUCCCAGCGCCACCACUCCACCAAUCAGUGGUCGCGAGGGGGGGAGGAGCUACGGCUCUUUCUCUUUCCUCAUUGGUUCCUCAGAGUGCCACGCUCCUAUUGGUUCUUUCGAAGAUCCGGGAUCCUAGCCCACUUCCACAUCUUGUCAGAGAUCCCUGAAUUAAAUGGCUAGACCAAGUUAAUUUGCAUAUUUGAAAGGCAGAGGCUGCUGCGGUAUAUAAGGAAAAUUAAGGGCAAAAAGUGUGCAUUUACGGUGUAGCGUCUGCAGGAGUAGGUCGUCCUCUGGUUGCGACUGUGCCACACCAUGAAGAUGUAUCUCAUGCUUCUCGUGGCCACGAGCGGCCUGGUGUUGGCUGACGUCGGCAUCGGCAAAGGUGGACAUGGAGGUGGACACGGAUUCGGUGGCGGACAUGGAGGCGGACAUGGAGGUGGCAUCUCCUCUUCCUACGGCGCUCCUCCUCCUACUUCUUACGGACCACCACCUUCCCCUUCAUAUGGACCUCCCCCAAAGGCACCCUCCCCCUCUUAUGGACCACCGCCCACGGCAUAUGGUCCUCCACCCAAGGCACCCUCCCACUCCUACGGGCCGCCACCGAUUAACUACGGUCAUCCUCCACAAUUGUACUACUACGUGUCCAGGCCAAACCAAGGAAAGGGCAAAGGCAAGGGCAAAGGUGGAUUCAGUAUGAGCUCCCUCUUCAAGGCUGGUGAUAAUGCUAUCAAGGGUAUGAAGGGAGCCAUCUCCAAAGCUGGAGAUUAUGCUCUGAAGGGCAUGAAAGAUACUCUCUCCAAAGCCGGCGAUUAUGCUGUCAAAGGUAUGAAGGAUGCCUUCGAUGCUGGAGACUAUGCCAUCAAGGGCAUGAAGGCAGGUUUUGACAAGAUGAAUGGAGCUAUCAAGGGCGGCCUGUAUGACCUGGGAAGCAAGUUUUCCAAGUUUACCAAGGGAGGCAAAGGUGGUGAUGACGAGGACUACUACUACUUUUAUGUUCCUGCUGCUCCCACCUAUGGCCAUGCUCCCUCUCCCAGCUAUGGUCCUCCCCCUGCUAGUUAUGGCCCUCCUCCUGCCAGCUAUGGUCCUCCUCCUGCCAGCUAUGGCCCUCCCCCAACCAAUUAUGGCCCUCCACCAACCAGCUAUGGUCCUCCCCCAACCAGCUAUGGUCCUCCCCCAACCAGCUAUGGCCCACCACCUAAGGCUCACCAUGGUGGUGGAGGUCAUGGUGGUGGAGGUCAUGGUGGUGGUGGUCUCACAACAUAUGGUGCCCCCAAGCCUGACGACAUUGUCAUCUCUGGUACUGGAUAUGGCGCUCCACCAGUCCACACCCCUUCUUCAAGCUACGGUGCUCCCUCUCCCACAGGACAUGGGCACUAAGGCACAGGAGGAGAAGGUUUCACUAGUACGAUAAAAGUGCAAGUGGAUCAAAUUUAUGUCAAAUGCCUGAACGGUGCUCAAUGUGAACCCUGUCUGGCUGCCACCAAGCUCUGUUAUCACGUGCCAGAGACCUUAUGCCGUCACCAGAUGCCAGCAAGCAAAUGUUGCAAGAUCAAAAGAAAAAUAAUGAGUAAACAAGAUGUAAAAGAUGAGGAAUCUGUAACAUUUUUGUUUUCAUUUUGUGAGAUGAGGUAAAAUCCAGAAAACACUUAGGCAUGUUGAAUUUGUGUUGAACAACCAUGCACUAAGAAAAAGUUAAUUUAGUUCAUUAAAAAGUAUAAACCAGUAACAAAAAUGUAUGCACAGUAACUCACAAAAUCAGCAAUACAUCACAACCACAAUUGCUUCACUUCCUUUGCUGGGUCAUUACCUCGACGUCUGUCCCUGACACUUGAUGAACUAACGUAAUUUAAUGCUUUUUAUCAACUCUCUAGGCCAAUGUGCCAUUAAGGGUUGACUUGUAAAUAUAUCAUGUAACUGUUCAAUACCACUAAUGCUUCCCUCGUUGAAAGUGUCACCUUCUAUGGCUCCAAUGAGACGUAAAGACGCUAAAAUAAGCCGAAAAUGAGCGAACUGGGCAGCCAUCAUUGCAGUUUACAAGUUCUCUUAACUUGGCAUUGUUUUAGUAAAUAGUAAUUGAACCAGUAUUACACUUAAGAAACAUUUUUUCAGGAUGUGUUUUUGCACCACUUUGAACUUUUAUGAGUUUAUGGAAUGGUGCAAGUCUCAUCACAGCUCAUUUUCCUGUACACUUAAUCCAACAUCUCAACUUUAAUAUUCACCCUCUGUGACCUGCAAUCCCUCCAUGGAUACAUGCACACAUUCCAAUGCAGUUGUUGCCACUCCCUCCAAAACCAAAACUAUAAAUUAAUAACACAAAUGUAAUCAAAGUCAGCCCUUUGUGCCCAGCUGCAUUGACAAAUAAGAGCAGUAAAUAAGGACCCAUGCUACCCUGUAGCCUACUAUUAAUUUUCUGCUGCCAGAGGGAGUGCUGACUACUUCUGACUUCUCUGAACAUCCAUUCAGUAUUUAUUCUGUUGUUUACCUCUGUGUCAUUGUUUAAUCUAUAUUAAAAAAAAUCAUCAAUUAUACCAAAGUAAACAAUUUCUUUAUUAAACUACAGACACUCUCAGGUGCAUUCCAUGUAUCACCCUUUUUUCCUCCCCUGAGCAUUGGGUUACAGUGCUAAUGUCAUACUCAGUUCAUAUUGAGGCUUCAUUCAUCCUCAGUGUCUGAGUUCCUUGCCUCUGGGGAAUGCAGUCUUGAGGGCUUAUUAAGUAGAGAAGAAAGACGAAGUUGUACUUAAUUAACAAACGGGUGAGACAAAGAAUCUGGAAGGAGGGAAAUUGUUGGAAUUAGCUUGUAAGAUAAUUUUAGUCAGUCACUGCUCCGUUACCCCUAAGCUGUUUUCCUUGCUUUUUUUUUUCUUUAAUAAUUUCCAGAGUUAGCAAAAGUAUCCUACUCUCCAUUUGAAUCACUGCUGUAGGCUAACAAUUUUCGCCCUGACAUACAUAUCUGUACUGGAAUUCAAAACUCAUUCAAUACCAAAGAUGUUACCAGAAUUUAUUAUUUUUUAUUGUUGUUGUUGCUGAGCAUGUUGUGCCAAGCUGGGAAGCUGCUAAAUAUUGCUGAUAUACAUACAGAAGAUAUAUUAAGAAAAAAAGAAAAAAAGGUAUAUAUAUAUAUAUAUAUAUAUAUAUAUAUAUAUAUAUAUAUAUAUAUAUAUAUAUAUAUAUAUAUAUAUAUAUAUAUAUAUAUAUAUAUACACAAAAACAUGAUACUGGAAUUGUAAGAAAUAAAGGUUGCAAAAUCUUGAAUCUUUGGCUUGUGCAGUGAGCAACUAUCACCACUGCUUCAUAUAGAUAAAGAAACAAUAUUCAGUUUAUACACUUUCUUCUUAAGUGAUUUUUCUUUGUGCUUAACUACAUAAAUAAAAAUCCAGUGGCACUCUAUAUAGUGAUGUGAGAAGCUUGUUUACUGUCUUUUUUGCUGAUUGCCCAAAUUCAUGUACUGGAUCAUUGUUCCCAUGUAUAUUAUAUGUAGUCUGAACACAUCUCCAUACCCUGCCUGGCUGUCCUACAAUAUCCUUGCCCUCUCACAGAAAUUCAAGAUAGAUCUAACAUGUACAGUUUUCUUAAGAACAAAUUCAUACAUAAUUUGUAAUGUAUGUACAUGAUUCUGGAUAUAAUUUCAAUCACUACUGCUUAAAAAGUCAUGAAUGUCCAAUGAAUUAUCAUGAACAUGAACACAAUUUUUAAGAAUAAUAUAUAUAUCACACGGAGAGCGAGAGAUGCCUCACUCUAGUCUACAGUGCAGCUGUGCUUAGGAGGCAUGGAUUCCUAUGCACAAAACAUUAUCAAACAGUUCUAAACAGAAAGUAGAAGAGUGGAAAUAUAGAAUGUGUUAGACACAUCCAGCAAAAGAUAGGGAGGAUAUAAUAAGCUAUGUAUGCUGUAUCGAAGGUGUUUGGAAAUGUUUUGAAACAUUAGAAAAAUAAAACUCUUUCUUGAACUCAGCCCUGGGCACAGAAGAACCCUGACCCAUUAUUCUUAAGGACAGGAUAUUCUUGGAUAAAAACCAGUAUGUAUUGCCAAACUUUCAUGUGCCACAGUAAAUUAAAAAGAGUAUGUGUCAGCCAUUAUAUCAUGGAGAUAUACUGUACAAGAGCUCCCCAGAAGGGUGAAGUGUCUGGCCAGCCUGCAGGGAAAGAAACAUCACUUCUGAGCCACACACACGAUGCUGUGUAUUUCUCUAAUGUCUUAGAAAAUACUUAAAGGAAUAAUUUAAGGGUGGUUUGCAAUGGACAUAGAGCAGACCUUAGAACGCCUCAGAAAGCUCAGUCUGGUUGUUUGGAAAUGUUGUAUGACUGGAGGAAUAAGUAGCAUUUUGUAUGUGACUGCAAAUACUGUCUUCCAUAUUGCUAGUAUGUUGUGCCUUUGUAAAUAAUUACUCAAAACUACCUGUCAAUAGUUAUUAUAUUUUUUUUCUUUUUUUUUUUUUUCAUGCAACAAACUCCAUUUCACUUUUCAUUGUACAUUUUAAGGAAUGUUCUGUUAAGGUUUGAAUCAUCUACCUGUAUAUUCUGGUUUAAGUGAUAGAGUAUGGAUGAUGGCUUACAUUCAUCCUUAAGAGACCUGGGCUGAUAACAAGAAUGAUUCUGUUGUACUUAUAUGGAUUCAGAAAUUUCUUACAUUAAUAAAUGAAAUACAUAAAUAAAAAGUUAAGUACAUAAAGAAACUCAUAGUACUUUAUAUGUAUAUUCAGAUGAUUUGUGACUGGCAGUGUUUGAUUGGAAAAAAAAUUAAAUAAGCCAGAUUAAAUAAAAAUAUUGAAAAAUAAACCCCCAUCAAGAUCAGUGGUAACAAUCAGUCCAGCUCUCUUUAGGUUAAUGUAACUGAGAAAAUAAGCAUGUGGGACACAGUCACAGCCCUCUCUGAGGAUGCGGCAGACUAGCUGACAUGCUCAUGAAUAAAAAAACAAGACAAUGA